AGGUCUCCUUGUGCCCAAGCACACAGACGCAGGCUAUUCAGUUGUCGAGCAGAAGAUGUCAGAAGCGAAUUUGACACACCAACAGAUGAUGAGAAGCUGCUGCUCAGAGAUAUGGAAAGGUACAAGCAGCUCGAUGCCCAAAGGCAAAUAACAGACAUGCCUGGACCGAGCAGUAGAGAAGAGGAAAAGGACAUUUCAGCCAUGGCACAAGUAAAGGAUCUGCUGGACAAGGUGCUUAUUGUAGAUUUCUUCUUUGUCUGCGCGGCUCUUGCCUGGUUGGUUGCGGGAGUGGGAGCUCAGACUUCAUUGCAAAACUCGGCGCUUCUUGAUGCAUGGUAUCCCCUUUGGCAAUGGGUGUUCCAACCAGCGAUCGGGGUACUUAUGCUUGGCGCUCUUACUUCAGGGGCAGUGGGCUGGUUGCAAAAAAAUUCAUCCUAGACAUUAGCUUUGCGCAGAGCCUUUGUGCGGAAGUGCCUUAAAUACUGCGCGAUCAUAUGCCAUCAGGAACAACUCAUCUUGAACUUUCAGGGAUUCUGACCAUGUAACAUAUCAAGCAC